AUGCUCUCCUCCGUUGGGAGCCCGACGUCGCCGCCACAGGACCAGUCUAUGGUGCAAUUCAUCGUCCAGGGUCCCAAGAACCUCACGUUGAGUGAUGCGGAUCGUCGGAUUGUGCGGAAAGUCUCCAACACAGCGGCAGCAGCAACUCGGAAGGCCAAGGGAACACCAUCCAGAACCAACACCUUACAACUCCCGGACUUUCUGGUCACUGAGAGUACAGACACAGGGCGUGCCAGUCUCCGAGAAAAUGCAGAGUCCAUCCAGCUGCAGCAAUCCAGACAUACACCAGGGGACCAUGGCUUUGCGGCUCGUCGACGUGGAUCUCAUGGAGGAACCUCCGCUAAACGGAACGAGAUUCCAUCAGUUGUUGCACCGCCGUUGUCUUUCUGGUCCAACAGUACCAAUUUCCCCGAGUAUGUAGCCUUACUAAUGCAGCCCGGGCUGUCCCAAAAGCUGCUCCUCGAGGCCUCGAGCGUGGGCGUAAACGCGGACCCGCGACGGUGGGUGAAAAUAUGUCGUUUAACCACCAUCUUGCAAUUUCUCCCUCAAAUGAUUGGCCACAGCAAGUGCCUGGAUUAUGCUAUCGACUGCCUUGCCCAACGGGUUCGCCAAUGCUGCGUCCAAAACCCGGACAGGGAGUUGACCUUAACUCAAUUGGAGCGGCGCUACGGCCGCGCCCUGCAGUCUCUGCAGAACGCGCUCAACUCGUCCAGGAACAUCGAUUGGACCGUGUGGUAUACCACACUAUUACUAACCUUGUUCGAGCUACUCGACAAUUCCGGUCAUCACGCAUGGAUUUCGCAUUCUCAGGGAGGGAAGCACAUCUUGUUCUCGCUAGGUCCACACAACAUCAAGUCGGAGUUUGAGAAGAUCCUCCUUGCGGCGCAAUGCCAGAUUAUGGUGCCCAAACCAACCAAGCCCAUUGUGCCGUUCAGACCACGUUCUAAUCCUGUGCGGCAGGCAGUGGAAGCCACUUUCCUCAACCAAGACUGCUUUUUGAGCAGCCCAGCUUGGCAGCGAGCUCUUCGGUCCACAAUAACCUACGACAGCCUGCUUCCAGAUCGAUCAGAGCCAGCCCUUACCAUGUGGAUGAUGACAACCCGCGCGCCGGGAUUGUUCAGGAGAUCAACAGAGGCCGUCCUUCAACAAUGCCACCCCCUCGAACAGAUCACACGCAUCGCCGACGAACUGAGCGCUCUGAUUGAGGAAUACUCGAAGUGGCGAGACGAGUGGGAAGUGACCCUGAUUGGCAGGCGCAAUUCUGGCCUUGACGGUAACCACCACACUGAAGAGGUGGCUUCGACGCGGCCCAUCCCUACAGUAUAUGCCAUAUUCAUGGCCUUUUGGGCCCUGACCAACCGGUUCCUCGUCGCCAUCGAGCCGCAGCGAGCUCCCCUGGCGGAGAUGAACGCAGUCAACGCAGCCCUGAGCAUCAACGAGUUCGACCGGCUUCAAGAGACGGAUUCCGUCACAGACCUAUGCCGAACGUUUUCGGCGAGCAUUGCUCGCUCGAUCAAGCUCACCACCCUGGAAUGGACAACGUAUCAGGGUAUCCGUCGCAGUUCCCAAACGAUUGAGCCGAGGAUAUUUUUGCGCUGGUGUGCCAUGAUGGGACGAGUGACGGAGUGA